AUGAUGGCAGAGUCUACGUCCGUUGACACAAAUCCCCAUAACGGGGAUCCCGAGUACCACGCGCCGCGACCGCGCAAACCCACGCGCAUCGACCUGCUCAAGCCCCAACUUAGCGACGAAGCCUUCAACAAGGAUGGCUCGCUGCGAGAGCCUGGAUCUGGUGUAUCGAGGUACUUGGACCGAAUCUUUGCUGUCGACGCUGAAUUAACUCUUCGUAGUGGAAGAACAACGCCAAUACCCCCCGAUGCCCCGCCUAGUGUCCAUGCCUCCUCGCUCGCGCGACGACAGAUACGCGCUCAGCAGAAACAGCGCAUAUUCCCUACUAUCGACUACGUAGGUCGCGUCUCCCACUUUGAUCCAGAAAGCGACUAUCAUGACUUCCGCGGCUUCUUCGUCUUGUUCUGGAUCGGACUCGCCAUCAUGGUCAUUACGUCGAUGCUACGAAACCUGACCGAGACCGGAUAUCCUUUGCAAAUUAGGCAGUGGGCGUUGUUCAAGGAGAAGAUCUUUGAACUUGGCGUGGUUGACUUUGCCAUGGCGUGUAGCACAGCUUUGUGUCUGCCCAUUCAAAGGUUGUUUCUCAACGAGGACUCGAUCCGAUGGCAUACGUCUGGUAUGGUCAUCCAAAGUGUACUUCAGGCAAUCUGGCUUGCUUUCUGGACUACAUACCCGUUCAUUCGCGACUGGAGCUGGACAGCUCAGGUCUUCUUCACUCUGCAUUUGCUUGCAAUCUUCAUGAAAAUGCACUCAUACUCGUUCUACAACGGCCAUCUCAGCGAAACCCUACGACGUUUGAACGAACUUGACAACCCCGACCGAGCUAGCAAAGCGGCAGCAGUGCGAUAUCCAAGCUCGCGCACUCACUUGCACGAAAUACCACAGUCUCCGACCCAGGAUGAGCCCGAGCCAAAGGCUGCGAAUGCAGAAUACCUGAAGCAGCUGCGGGAGGAUCUUGCUUUCGAGCUGGCUUCGCCCCUGGGCCAUGUUUCGUAUCCCAACAACCUCACUUUGCACAACUUUGUCGACUUCCUCUUCUGCCCGACGCUGUGUUAUGAGUUGGAAUAUCCCAGGAAUACCAAGAUCCGCUGGUUGGAGGUCUUCUACAAGACGCUUGCUGUAUUCGGCUGUAUCUUCCUUAUGAUCAUUACUGCUGAGGAGUUCAUACUUCCUGUACUGGACGUAUCGGCAGUGCGACUUCACAACUCGAGCGGCGCCACGGACUUUGCAUUGAUAUUGGGCGAGACAAUUGGUCGUCUGUUAUUCCCUUUCAUGAUCACCUUCCUACUUGUCUUCCUGGUCAUAUUCGAGUACAUCUUGGGUGCAUUUGCAGAAAUCACGCGUUUUGCUGAUCGCCAGUUCUAUGCCGACUGGUGGAACAGCUGCGACUGGCUUGAGUUCUCAAGAGAGUGGAAUAUCCCCGUUCAUCAUUUCUUUCGACGACACGUCUACUCGGCCUCGAAGAAUCACAUGUCGCGUCCCCUUGCUACCACCAUCACCUUCCUCAUAUCUGCUCUGGCACACGAGCUCGUCAUGGGCUGCAUAACAAGAAAGUUCAGAGGCUAUGGGUUCAUCGCGAUGAUGCUUCAAAUGCCAAUCGUCAUGCUUCAACGGAGCAAAUGGGUCAGGGGCCGCACUCUGCUGAACAACGUGCUGUUCUGGUGCAGCAUGAUCUUGGGACUUAGCAUGAUGUGCGCUCUAUACGUGCUUGUAUAA